CCCAUGGCGCACCCAGUUCUUCUCCUCCUGUUGGCGCUCCUCGUUUCUCCUGCCAUUUCUUCCUCCGCCAAGAGAGUUCAGCCAAAGUUCCCGGCUAUCUUCUACUUCGGCGACUCCAUUUUCGACACCGGCAACAACAACCAUAUCUCUACUUUGGGUGUGGCAAACCAUCUCCCUUACGGGAGGGACUUCCCAGGAAACAGGCCGACCGGGAGGUUCUCCAAUGGCCGGCUUGUUCCAGACCUCCUCAAUGAGAAGCUGCAGCUCAAGGAAUUUUCACCACCUUACUUGGACACGAAUCUGUCCGAUGAGGACCUCAAGACAGGGGUGAACUUCGCGUCGGCUGGGUCAGGGUUUGACGAUAGGACGUCGCGCCUGUCACAUACUCUGCCAUUGUCGGCACAGGUGGACCUCUUCAAGGAAUACCUUCAACGGCUCGGUGAUAUUGUUGGCGACAGGGAGGCUUCCAGGAUUGUUACCAACUCUCUGAUAUUUAUCAACUCAGGAACCAAUGAUUUCACAAGGUAUUACCGUUCAUCGAGAAGGAUGGAUAUUGGUGAGUACCAAGAUACUAUUCUCCGGAUGGUACGCGAGUAUGUUAAGGACAUGUAUAACCUUGGAGGGCGGAAAUUCUGCUUGGCAGGCCUUGCUCCAUUUGGUUGCAUACCCUUUCAGAUCACACUAAGUGGAGACCCUGAGAGGGCUUGUGUGGAUGAGCAGAACAGGGAUGCCCAGAACUACAACUCCAAAUUUGAGAAGAUGCUUCAAACAUUACAAGCCUCACUCAAUGGAAGCAAAAUUGUAUACCUGAAUUCAUACCAAGCUCUCACAGAGAUCCUUGUCAAUACCAAUAAAUAUGGAUUUACAGAGAGAAAGCGGGGAUGUUGCGGGACUGGGCUCGCAGAGGUCGGACUACUUUGCAAUGUAUUUACCCAGACCUGCCGGAACUCGUCAUCAUAUGUAUUUUACGAUGCGGUACACCCAACUGAGAGGGUUUAUAGGAUAGCAACUGAUUACAUACUGAAAAACGUUAUUCCAAAGUUUUAAUGAAACAAAUGCUCAAAUAAGAUUUUUCGCAUUGUAUUAACCUAAUGCGUUUGGCGCACUGUUUUGG